AGACGUUGUUUCCCUGGGAUAAAAACAUGGCGGCAAGGAAACUUUAAAAAUGAUUUACUAUUUAUUUAGUACUUUACUACCUAAGGCCACUAAAGCCGACCCUGUUUACUCUGUCAUAUGUCAACCUAUUAUUCUCAAAGUGCGACGAGAUACAGAAAAGAAAUCAUACAAACUAACAAAGUUUCCUUGAUGAGGGAUCGUGUGUUAAACUUCCAACUGUGUCUGUAGGCUGUAUCAUGGAAGGAGAAGUCAAUACGCCCCCAAACAUCAUUAAUUAUUGAACGAACACAGAAUAUAGAGCACUUUAAUGACGCAGAUAAAGGACGCAUAGAUGGAAAUUGGCGAUGUUGUUAGUGGCGAGAACGAUAGACCUAAGACUGUGACAAAGCAACAAAAUAAUGAUUAUCAAAAGGUCAAGGUGUCGUCUAAACCUAAAUCAUCAAACUGCUAUAUUUGUGGGAAAGAAUUUCUUCUCUCAUCAUUAAAAAUCCAUGAGAAACAAUGUGAGAAAAAACAAGAAACUUUAUCAAGCACAAACAAAUCAUCUGCGACUAAGAAAGUCGUCAAAAAACCGCAAUUUGAGACUUGUUAUCUUUGUGGCAAAAAAUUCCCUUCCCGUUUUCUGGGAGUACAUGAGACACAGUGUAUUAAGGCAUGGAAAUCCAACAGAACACCUGAUGCAAAAGACAAACCAGUAUCUGAUAAAAAUUUUGAACAUGUGGUGGUUAGUUUAAGCAAUAAAAACACAUUGUCUGACUCAACUAAAGAGGAUAAUGUUGAAUAUGAGACUAUAGAAUCCACAAAUAAGGAUUUACCAGUACCAACAAACAAUUGUGUUAGAAAUAAAGGAAAAGGUUUGAAAACAAUUCCAUGUGGUGUUGCUUAUCUGCCUCAUUCACAUAAGAUUCAUGAGAAAAAAUGCUUAGGUUUAAACAAAACUAGCACUGUUGCUGAACAAAAAGAAAAUAAAACUGAACAAUCAAUGGCAAAUUCCACUGGGAAAUUACCAUGUGAUCUCAAUAACAUUCAAAAUGUUGAAUAUGUUUCAGAGAAACCCAGUGAAGAAUUGCUUAAGUCCCCUUACCUUAAGCAUGAAAAGAAAUGUUUUCCUCAAUCCUUAGAGGUAGCUAGUGGCAGUGAAGACCUACCACAUAAUGAAAGUCGAUUGGCAGUAAAGCCAAAGACAAUAAUUUGUUAUAUUUGUGGCAAAGAGUUCUUGAAAGCUUCAUAUAAAUUUCAUGAAAAGAAAUGUGCAAGCAAACAUCAGAAUGAAUUUGACAACAAAGGUGUAACAAGAAAAGAUCAAAUAGAAGAUGAAAAUUAUCCCAUUCUCAAACUCAAAAGAAAACACCAAAUACUCAGCCUUGCUAUAUUUGUGGAAAAGAAGUGCUCUCAUCAUCAAUACAUAUUCAUGAACAACAAUGUCAGAAGAAGGCUGAAUUGCUGAAGAAUGCCAACAAACAAAAAUCCUCAUUAAAAACAAAACAGACUGUAACACCAAUGAAAAAUAAAACAACACCAAAAACAAAAUCAUGCUAUAUAUGUGGUCAGACAUGUUUGUUGAGCUCUAUCAAGUUCCAUGAACGCCAAUGUGAGAAAAAAUGGAACAAAGACUGAAAAAAUGUUGCCUUUCGUUUGGUUACAGUUUCUACUCAGAAAGGAUAAUGUACCAUAAAUUUUUAUGAACUUAAAGUUCAUUAUACUCUACGCGUUGUGAAUUUGUUCAAUGUCUUUUGUCAACUGUUCCUCCAAGGUUUCCUGCAUUAUAAGUAACAAUAUUGGCAAGAGAUUACAUUUUAAUGAAAUAUAAAUACAUCAAAAGUACCAACCAA